AUGGAGGAAAGUGAAGCGACCUAUUCAAAGCAGCCUCUUCUUGCGGAUUCUUCACUAAACGAUAAUGCAUCUGUGGAUAUCGACGAAAGUCAGAUACGCGGACUGAUUGAGGUACCAGGUAGUGCCGAAGCCCAGAAUGGCAAAGGCGACGAAGACUUGGAUGAGCCCGUUUGGCGGACGAUUAAACGAGAUCUCGAUUCGGUAUCAGAGAAGUUUUUUCUUGUGCUCAAACCGAAAUCAAACCAGCAGCUGUUAAGAAACUGGGACCUAUGGGGACCGCUGUUCUUGUGCGUGUUGAUGUCCAUGUUUCUGCAUGACGGCUCAGGCAGUCUUCGAGGACCUCAGUUCACCGAGGCGUUCAUCGUCAUCUGGUGCGGCGCUUGCGUGGUGACGAUCAAUACGAAGCUUCUCGGAGGCAACAUCUCCUUCUUUCAAACACUAUGUGUCCUCGGCUACUGCCUGCUUCCCUUGGCUUUGGCACUUGUCGUCUGUCAGAUCAUGUUCUUGACCAUGAAACCGAGCUUAUUCUUGUUCGUCAGUCGUUCGACCGCUUUUCUGGCCCAUGUUCCACCGCCGCAUAGGAAGGCACUGGUCGUCUAUCCUGUCGUUCUGUUUUACCUGAUAAUCACAUGGAUGAUUAUCUCUCAGAACAUUGGUAGCGCUUGA